UCAAUAUUCUCUCUUCUUUUAUCUCUCGCCCCACAUUCUUCGGAUUCCUCUUUCCUGCAUGAAGUUUCUAUUCUCAAUAUCAAGUUAAUAGUAGGAUUCUCAUCAGAAAGUCUUUUUUGUUUUUUCUGUUUUAGUUUCUGUGUGAUCGUGUAAGGGCUUGGUUUCUUCUCUAUUCCAUGGCUGUUUCUCAAGUGCCUGAAAGUGUAGGCACCACCGCCACUGCAACUACUACUACUACUACUUCUGCCUCCGUUCACAGCGAUUUGGAUCUCAAUCUUGCUUCUCUUCGUCGAAGGCCCCUGUCCGGGUCUUCUGUUAGGCCUGAGGCUUCUGAAGCUGAGAGUUCUGCUGAGGAUGUUCUCAGAGAUUCUGGCUCCAAUUAUUCCAAGGCCGGCGCCGAAGAUGGCAAUCAGAAGUUGGAAGGUCCCAAUGUGAUCAGCCAGAAGGUUCCAGAGCAGCUCCCUGAUGUUUCCGCCCUGAAGUUUGCUUAUCGUCCUUCGGUUCCGGCUCAUCGCAGAAUCAAGGAAAGCCCUCUCAGCUCCGACAAAAUUUUCAGACAGAGUCACGCGGGCCUUUUCAACCUCUGUAUUGUAGUGCUUGUUGCGGUGAACAGUCGACUCAUCAUUGAGAAUUUAAUGAAGUAUGGUUGGUUGAUUAAGUAUGACUUUUGGUUUAGCUCAAGAUCAUUGAGAGACUGGCCACUCUUCAUGUGUGGCCUCUCCCUUGCAAUAUUUCCUGUUGCUGCCUUUGCAGUGGAAAAAUUGGCGCAAAAGAAGUAUAUACCUGAUCCAGUUGUUGUUUUACUACAUGUAACCGGUACGUCAGCUGCAGUGUUAUACCCGGUUUUAGUAAUCCUCAGGAGUGAUUCUGCUUUUUUAUCAGGCAUUGUAUUGAUGCUUUUGGCUUGCAUCGUCUGGUUAAAACUGGUGUCUUAUGCUCACACCAACUAUGAUAUGAGAGCAAUGGCUAGAUCAAUUGAAAAGGGAGAAGCACUACCCAAUACUUUGAAUAUAGAGUGCCAAUUCAACGUGAGCUUGAAGAGCUUGGCAUACUUCAUGGUUGCUCCUACAUUAUGUUACCAGCCAAGCUAUCCCCGCACACCGUAUGUUCGAAAAGGUUGGGUGUUUCGUCAGCUUAUUAAGCUGAUAGUAUUUACUGGAGUUAUGGGAUUUAUCAUAGAACAAUAUAUUAAUCCUAUCGUCCAAAAUUCAGAACAUCCUUUGAAGGGAAACCUCCUAUAUGCCCUCGAAAGAGUCCUCAAGCUUUCUGUUCCUAAUUUAUAUGUGUGGCUCUGCAUGUUCUACUGCUUUUUUCACCUUUGGCUCAAUAUACUUGCUGAGCUUCUUCGGUUUGGUGAUCGUGAGUUUUAUAAAGACUGGUGGAAUGCAAAAACUGUCGAAGAGUACUGGAGAAUGUGGAACAUGCCUGUGCACAAAUGGAUGGUCCGCCACUUAUAUUUUCCAUGCUUAAGGAAUGGUAUACCCAAGGGUGUUGCUAUUUUAAUCGCCUUCCUGGUAUCAGCUGUGUUCCAUGAGCUGUGCAUUGCCGUUCCUUGCCAUAUCUUUAAGUUGUGGGCUUUUAUUGGAAUUAUGUUUCAGGUUCCGUUGGUCUUGAUUACAAAUUACCUUCAAAACAAAUUCAGAAGCUCAAUGGUUGGGAAUAUGAUUUUUUGGUUCAUAUUCAGUAUUCUUGGCCAACCUAUGUGUGUAUUGCUAUACUACCAUGACUUGAUGAAUCGGAAGAAGAAAGUCAACCAAGCUAGCAUUUCAUCGUCAACCAUGCAAGGGGACGAGUUUCUUUGAACUGCUGUAGAUACGUCGCUACCCAAUUUUUCUUUUUCUACGGGAAAUGUUUUCUGCCUUGAUAGUUGGUCCCAUGGGCUGAGCAUCUCCAAGUCCCAAUUUCUUGAUGUUGUUCCAAGGCAAUCCAUGUACAAUGAUAAAUGCUGAUGUUGUAGUGAAACUGGCUUCUUUUAAUAGCUAUCACGAAGUUGUAAAUGGUUUUGGGUUAGACACUCGUGAUCUGGAGAUGCCUCCCAAAUGUGUCGCGUCCACGUAGUGUUGAAUAAAACUUCUGGAAUUUUGAUGCUA